AAGGAGGGAAGAGGGAAGCGGAAUCGGAACCACUGGAGCUCAGCGGUCAGUCUUUUUCUGGAGUUGCUAGUGAAAAGAUAUCGGGACAGGAUAUCGAGCUAUUCAGAAUGAAAAUGAAGGGAGUGCCUUUGGUGGUCUUUUUAUUGAUUCUCCAAGCGCCUUUUAGCUCCGAAAGGCCGGUCUUGAGUGACGGGGAUAGUGUUGGAACUGAUGAAGGCCCCAGUAGUGAGGAAAUCCCAUUUGGAAUCCUCUCGGAAUAUCCAGCUGAGAGAGAAGACAUCGUCGUUGACAUCUCAACAGGAGACUCUAUUGGAGACGAAGAAAGCAAUGGAAGAUUAAGUGAAAGUGACGCUGGUGGAGAAUCAAGUGCUGAAGUAGUACCUGUCAUUGGAUUUGGUAUCGAAUUGCCGUUUACAAUGGGGGAGAAAGCAUUUGCUUCUCGUGAAGUUCAAUCUCAAGAUGAAAGCUCCGACCUUAAUAAAACCACCAUCACCACCAUCAAAAGUGAAUCUCCACGUCUAUCAAGUAUUGUGGAAGAACCAUUCGCCUCUGAAUCGAACGAAGCGCUACUUGAAUUCGCAUCAUUCGAGCCCAAGACCUUAGAGAGUUCCACUGAAUCGUUGCCUGUAUCGCUUCCACCGACCAAUGAAAACGGAUCAAAUAUAACCGAAUCUAUGACAACUGAAUCUAACGUAAGUGCAAUGGUAAAGUCUUCAAGAUUUGAGAAGAUCCCAAGAGGAGAUUCCCUCAGUGAUAUUUUUGCAAAUUUGUUGCCUGAAGGCUCUGAAAUUGGACCCACCACACUUGAACCGACGGAUAGACUCCUUAACAUUGCCAAGAACUCAACUCCUGAAAUAAUUGCUCCUAGCGUCGAUGUAGUGCCAGUUACAACUUCACGCAUUGAGCACAGUUCGGAAAUAUUGCCAUCCUUGUUUGACACGUUAUUAUCAGACAUUGCUCUUGGCACUGAAUCAACCACGGCAGAAUCAGAAGCCACCAUUUCAAGCAAUGCCAUCGAGUUCAAUCCUGAAAUGGUCGGGUUCAUUGGAAACGACACAAUGGUGUCACUUAGUCAAGACGUUGUCACGAUCGAGUCCGUUUCUGAGAAGUCUAGAAACAAUUCCUCACCCGAAACAAUAUCAUCUGAGCCAUCCACGCAACCUGAAGACAAUGCCACCACUGCUUUCGAUUAUGAAUCCUCUACAGAAGAGUUUCGUGAAUCGACCACGAAUUCACCAGCCAUAUCGACCGAUUCAAUCACUGAGGGACCACUUGAACUUGGAGCUUCCCAAUCGCCUCUCUUCAAUGAUGGAAAUCUUUCCCUUCCCCGAAGAACUGAGGGAACAUCUUUAUCAAGCCUGGAGUUCCAAACCGAGUUGGGGAAAUCAAUCAAUACGGGAUCCAUUUCAACUGCAACCUCAAGUAAUCCAACAGACCUUGAAUUUGCAGGCCCUGAUCUGAACUUGUCAACAAGUAUUCCAAGUCAAGAAUUCCUACCUGGCCUGUUGGUGGCAAAAAACUUUGAUUUGGAUUCUGGCACCCUUCAACCCCUCAAAGACACUUCUGUCGUACCCAAAAAUUCAGCUAUCGACUUGCUGUCCAUGAGUGACGGUGAAGAGUCACAUACAAUCGAUCCUGAAUUGGAACUCACAGAAUCCACUGGCAAAGCGAAAGUAGAGUCAAUUCGCAGAGUUAGCGAAACAACAACCUCAAGCAACUUCAAUGAUUCACAACAGAUUGUUAAAGAAGUCCUUAAUAGUGCAUCUCACUCUACUGAUGAAAUUGUAGGGCAAUUAGACUCCUUCAAUAACUCGAGUGACCUCUUGUCACCUACUGAUAUACUUGUGUCAGGACCGUUGGAAGUGAAAGAUAAAAUAGGUUCCGACUUCCCUCCUGAAUUGAUUAACGUUGACCUGGAACACGAAUCUUCAAGAUUUGAGCCAUCCACGCCUAUUCUAGACUUCACUACGGUUUCACUGACAACGAAAUCCAAUUUCGAAUCAUCUUCAGAGGAAACAAUCUCCGGGGUCAGCUCUGAGUCUUCCGAAUUGGAACCGAUUGUCAAGUCUUUCUUGGCCCCUACUGGUCCUACCCUAACUUUUCUGAGAUCAUCUUUGAGUCCUAGUGUUACUGAACCUUCUUUUAAGCCUUCCACUCCAAUUGAGCCAAGUCCCAUUACCCUUGUUGUUAAGGACCCAAGAGAUCGGAUCACUGAAGGAACCGAAUUCUUGAACACAACUGAGAGUCCUGCUUUGGAGACGGUGGGAGAACCUACAGAGCGACUCGUUUAUUUGUUGGAUAAUAUUGAUACAACCGAAACAACAGACAUGAUCACCUUCCCGUCAGACCAGACUGAGGACCGCCAGCAAAGUGUUCCAAGCGAACUGAACUUCUUUCAAGAUCCUAUCGAGCUCACGAGUGAUACUGACUUGUUCAGCUUCGACAACGUCGAGGGUUCUGCUGAAUCUAAUACCACCGAACUGGAGGAAGAUUCCGAAUUUUAUGACGAUGGUGAAUUUGACAGCAUCUGGAACAGCGAUGAUUUGGUGGAUUACAACUUUGACGAGCUAGAAGGCCUCGGCGAUAUCAUAUCAGAUUAUGGUUUGAGCAAGGAAUCCGAUGAUCCGGACAAGAAGGAAAGCCAAGAGGAUCUGUGGGCCAAAUUCGACGCCCGGUUUGAGAACAAGCUGAAAUCGCCCGUGGACACACUUCAGGAUGUUGGUAUCGGUUCUGGAGCGAUCGAGACUGUUGCCACUCUGACCGACCGAAGCAAAGACGUAGGGAGUGUAGAUGGAAGCCACAGACGGAAGCCACUCGUAGGAUCACCCACACUUAAGCAUGAGGAUGUGGAGGAAUUCCAAUACAAGUCUCUCUCCCCGGAAGACUUUCACGUAGGCCUCAGCGGCGACGGUCACAUCAGAUUGGGCAAAUACAUUUCGUUUGACGAGAUUUUGGAAGUCCAAGAUGUCCCGGAUUUCACCCCAUUGGCUCAAAAGGUGUCGAACUUCACUGAUUUCAAUCACAUAUGCCAAAAGUGUACGCUGACGGGAGAAUUAGCCUUUCAUAACGAAGACAACCAGUUUGAUCUCAUCCGAACGAGGGAGUUCUUGAUUCAAGUGGACAACUAUCUUCAGCGAUUUUUUGAGGACGAGCUCGCGUACACCGACAAUUACGUGGAACUGGGCAAUGCGACCAGAUUUGAUCAAGCCGUCAUCCUCGACUUUAAGAUGACCUUCAACCGUCCAGUUAACGAGUCCUUUGUCAGGAACAGCUUCCACUCUUACCUUAAUGAGCAGACCUUGGCUGACCUCGAGGUCAUCCCCAACUCCUCUGCCUUGGUUUUUCAAAGGUUCCAGAUUAACGAGCCAAUUGUAAGGACGAUGGGAAUCGAGAUUAAACCUCCCACCUAUCGAAGCAGGCUAUGGCUUGAGGUCAGUAUCGCCUUAAUGAUUUGCCUCUCAAUCUCCUUGAUCGUACUCCAACACAGGAAAUGUCAAGGGAUUCCGAAAGAAUUGCCCCCAAAAUCCCUAACCAUGAUCAAAAACCACAUCAAUGAAGCCAACGAAUUCGAACUAGCUCUCACCAACUACAAUAAAACUAAGGCGGAAGAGGAACCUCCCAAAGUCGUCCUCGAAGAUCCCGCGGAAGAGGUUGACGAGAUUGAGGUCUCUCUGAUGGAAACCCAGAUGGUAAAAGGGUUUGGUUCGAACAGUUUCCGCCCCGUGGAAGUCGUGUGGGCCGAAAAACAAUCUCAAUCUCGAGAGGUCAAGAGUCACACACCGGAAUCUUCAAAGUCACAAAAACCCUCUAAGGUCCCUCGAAAGUCUAAAGCAACGUGCUCCCAAGAGGUCAAGCCUGAAAUCCAUGCUGCGCCUUCCGAAGGUGGUCAAACCGGUGAGCCAACUAAAUCAGCUGCCAGACAUCAACACGAACCCUCAGUCCGGCCCAAGCAGCCCUACCAGCCUCCGACAAAGCCAAGACGAUCCUCCAGGAAAAAAGAGGGCUCAGAUUCGGAUUAAUCAGAUGAUUAUUGUUUAAGUUUUUUUGAAGAUUGGUAUAUUCAAUUAGUUGUGUUUUUUUGUUCUUCUUCUUUGUGACAAAUGAAAUAAUAAAUGAGCUCACGUUA